AGAUGAAGUUAUUGUUGAAAUGGAAACUUGUGAAGAUCUUAGACCUCCAACUCCCAUGACAAAUGAAGCCAGUUACAAGUCUGGAGGCAAAUAUGGAUUUUCUGACCGUGUUAUUGAUGGUAUGACCGUGGUGGUGAACUCUGUUGUCAUAAAUUUUAUUUCCCCUGCUUCUCAAGCUUCAUUCCAGCUAUCACGUGUUGUUUUGGAAAGCUACUGUCCAUUGUUUAAGAAGAAAGAUCUUCGAUUGUCCAGAAUCAAGGAUGCAGAUAGAAGUGAAGUUUUGCUCUUUAAACGAUUGGAGUGGCAAGUUUUGCGUAUUGAAGCUAAGUCACGUAGUAAUGAUGCAAAUGGACUAUGUGGUGAUGUACCUCUCUCUCCAUUGCGUCUUAUUACAAAUCAAGGUUGUUGUAAAAUGACAAUUAAAAAGAAAUUAACAGAUUGUAGUGUGAUUGGUUCUAGACUUAUAUUUGUAUUGGAUGAUUUGCUUUGGGUUCUCACCGAUGCUCAGCUUGUUGCUGCUCUGCAUUUUUUACAGUCUUUAAGUGGUUUGGUUCAAAAAGCUACUGAGGUUACUCAAAAACUGAAAGCUAAACAAAAAUUAGAGGUAAUAAUAGAAUGAAAGAAAACCUGUAUGUAUUGGGGAAGUAGUCACUUUUUGUCAAUGUAACUCGACUUAAUUAUACAUGGUUUAAUUUAUAGGGUUUUACUUGAUCUGGUAAUGUUAAUUUGUCCCAAAACCCUAAUAGCAGCAAAACAAAUUAUUACUGCAUGUGAAGUAAAUACAAACUGAUGAGAAGGUUUAAAUAACCUUUUUAUUUAAGCAGGAUUUAGAAUAUAAAUGUACUCUAUUGUGCAACAAUAUCAGCCACAGCUCGUGGUAAUGCAACUAAAUACAGUAGAUAAAUUUUAGUCAAACGUGGAAUAAUAAUUAAAAACUACACAAUUAAGCAUUACAGUAAGCAGCUGUCUCAGAAACUCAGUGUCAUAAUGAAAGUGUUGGCAGUGAUAGAACGCAAAGCCAAAUAAUUGCAGCUAUCAGCACUGGAAGAAAACUAACAUGUAGUGGGCAUUUCAAGCCAAAAACAUGCUCUGUCUUAAAAUCCAAAAGCUUCAGUUUAAAUACUUGCUGUCCACCUCAUUUGCAUUUUGGUGAGGAAUACUCCUUUCUGUAAUUUUGAGCCUGUUGCAAUUUUUUUCCAUAAGAUUUGCGUGAAUAUGCCCAGACUGGGCAGGCAUAGCAUAGUAUGGGAUGCAAUACAGUUUUAUAAAUAAGCAACUUGUCUAUUGAAAGUACACUGUUUCGAGAAAUUAAGGGGUGAAGUGUGACUUUAGUAACUCGAA